GGGAUUCCGGUCACCACCCACCAACUCUUAGAAGGCCCCCCAAAGUAAGAAGAACGGGCUUCAUGGGGAGCGGGCUUCUCCAGACGGUGACGGAGAUGGCGAGCGCGUGCUCGAGGCACGUGACACGUGCGGCACGGAAACUCCGGCGGCAGGGCCCUGCCCUCUCCCGGAUGUCGACGGCCGUCGCCCGGCCCUUCCUAUCCCGGCGGCAAAGCUCCAAGAAAAGGAUCGCCGAUCGGAAGACAAGGAGCCACGACGGUGAGGUGAAAGAAGAAGAGGAGGAGGAGGGGGUGUGGCGGAGGUCGAUACUCAUGGGGGAGAAAUGCCAGCCGCUGGAUUUCUCCGGCGUUAUUUACUACGACGGCGAUGGGAGAAAGCUGUCGGAGGUGCCCACACCGCGGACGCCGCUCCGGAGCCCGCUGCCUUCCUUCCCGCAUCCGGUCACCGUCGGUUAUGAUACGAAGAAGGAUGAUAUCUGAGCACUUCGUUAAGCAACCUCUCCCCCUUUCUCUCUCUCUCUCACACUCUCUCUCCUUUGUUAAACAACCCCUCCCUCUCUCUGGUGUGGUACAUGUCCCAUGGUAGUACAUCACAGUGUUUUUUUUUUUUUUUAUGUAUCUCAAUUAUAGUUUUCUCUUUAUUAUUUGAUCCUAAUUAAAUAGAAGAUAACACCCAUCUUCAUACUCGUGAUGGGUGAGGUAUGUUAUAAAGAGUCUCUCUUAGAUGGAUAAUUCAUCCUAAAAAUAGUUAUAAAUUUCUUUCCA